GGCGUUGAGUGCUGUUUGGGGGGGUGAGCAUCAUUAGCUCUUCUAAAUCCACGUGCAUGUUUGAGUUGGAAUAAUUGGUGUAGUUAGGGAAUGGUUGCAAGGGGACAAAACAAAGAUGAAUUGAAACUCUUCAGCAUUUGUUGCAGCUCAACAUGACUCUGCUAACAGAAAACUGCCUGCUGUCACACGGCGUUGAACUGCAUCUCUCAAGGUGAAAGAACUAAAGACUCUGGAAAGAAAGGUGGCCCCUGUUGUGUUAUCAUCAGCUAAGGUUGGCAAUGCUGAUAACUCCAAAAUAGAAAACAAAAAAACAGCUUUUAUGCCAAAGGGCUUGUUUGUUUGAAUAAGAACUUCAAAAUGUAAAAAAAUAUAAACAUUGAAAUAAGAUCAUUUUUCAAAUAAGUCCAUUACAGGUGAAACCAAUGGCAUACAUAGAUGAUGUCCAAUUUUGUUACGUCUUUUUCAGAUGGCUGAUACUAGGCACGAUGGCCCGAUGUCAGCCAUCUUGGUUUUGUGCCAUGCUUAAAUAUUGAAACUGAUUUUACUAUUACAGGCUGUUUUUUUUUUCCCCCUAAAACAUCAAGUCAUUAUUGACAGAAGCACUGGCACAGCAGCAGCAUUGACCACAGAAGCUGUAUGAGGUCUGAUACUGUCCUCUGGUCAUAUUGAGCUGCAGAUUAUAAUGAUUAGUGAUUUGCUGCAUCAUUUCACCUCCAUUCAGGAUGAUAAUUGAGACACUGCUAUGGGUUUCGUAAACAAAGUAUGACCUUGAAGGUAAUUUGAAAGAAACUUACAGCUCCACUUGAAUACAUUCUGAACUGCAGUUUAGAUGUAUAUGUAGGCUAAGGGUGUGUUCUGUUUAAUUUUCUAUCAGUUUCCUGAUUACAAACCAUAACUUGAACAACAACAGACUUCAACGAUAGGACACUUUGUCAUUACCUACCAGUCAGGGGCUUGUCCAGGAGAGUUGUACGGGUGGCAUGGCCAAAAUGCUAAUAAUAGACUGUGUUUAUGUUAGAUUUUCUCAAAAUCCUGUGGCCACUCAAAAUGCUUUUAAAUCAAUAGGCAAACAUCUUUUAUCAUUACCUUUUUGAGCCCAUAACAAACAAGUGUAGAACAUUCACAUGUUGCUUCUCUGUGCUGCUGUUGUUUUAAUUUAUGUAAAGCUCCUGUGAGGAGUUUUUGGAUGUUAAUGACGUAGGUUCAGACUCAUAUUGAUGCCCUUAUAUGAAAGACAAAGGCAAACAAGACCAUAGUAAUUGGUGUCCGGUACCCAUACUAAAACCAGAACUUAACUUGACAUUGAGAAAAAAGCAUGUUGGCCUAAGCUGGCUCUUUCUAUGAUUAGAAAUUAGAAAACCUCUAAGAUCAUCAGUUUCCUGUCUAAAACUGUCAGUAGCAUAUAUAAACGUUUGUCAGAUCAUAAUCCACUGAACUGCUUUUUAUACUAUAGGCUAGAUCUAUAACUGUAUUUGUGUCACGCUACCACCUGGCGGUGAGCGCCUGACACUACACCCCCGAACACGUGGACUUCACACGCUCACACAUGACAUUUCUCACGCUGAGAAGUGAUAAAACUCGCAGCACAUAACACAUAGAAAGGAGAUAAGUAAAUGUAUGAAUGGAUGACGCAAUGGCAAAGUGCUCUGCUUAAAUUGGCAACCUAUCAACCAAUAAGAAAAAGAGUAUUCCUCGUUGCCAAGUGAAAUGGAAUGUCAAUCCAAGGCUGGGGCUAUAAAUUAACUGAGUUUCUGUUUUAACUUCCUUGUAAAUUUACACACACACACACGCUGUCAGCAUGUUAAAGUAAAGUUAAUGAAUGCAGUCAAUGACCAGUGCUGUUCAAGAGGCCCUUUUGACCAAGAGACUUGUUUUUCUUGUUGUCUUCUUUUGCCCUGAAACUUGUCAAUUAAACAAUGAAUUUGGUAUAACGGACUUUGUAUUCCAUUAUAUUAUUGUACUUGUAUAUUAUCUCCAAACACUCUUUACCCUUAACCCCUAAAAAUAAAAAUAAAAACUCUCACUCCGGGCUUUUUUCACGUCUCCCGAAGUGCAUACUCAUCUACUGCGCAUGCGCAUGUGAGGGGGCGCGUCUGUUUGCGUGACGAAAUGUUGUGUUUCCGGCGCUGAAUCAAAGGGACUCAUGAACCAUCAGGAGCAGCUUCUACAAUAAACCCCUCUCAGGUAAAAAUGAAGAAUGUUACAGACGGCUGAUCACACUCAGCUCUUUAUUAUCUAAACUUAGUCGCUUUGGUUAUCGGUGUCGUUUGGCCAACGGGACAUCCAAGCAGCUCCAUGACACGGUGAUGCUAACUGAUAACCAGCGUUAGCUCCGGCUAACUCUUGUUAUUAUCACCUACAGCGGAUUCCAGGUGAAAACUAAACAAGCUUACUACCGUCCGAUAAGUUUAUUCCGAUACUGUAUAACCCAGUGACUUUUAACAAUAAUGCUUAUCAUUGUGAACCUCAGGGUUUAAACCGCGCUAAGGUAGCAUUAGCUGUGUUAGGGGUCACUGAAGGUAAAAACAUUACACAUCUGUGAGCUAAAACAGGGUCACAGAGGCUCCAUAUCAACUGUUUUCAGAUCUUAGUCAAAUCUAGGUGCAGAUUUCUUCCUUUAGCUUCUGGUAAUUCAGUUUAAUUUAACAACACGACUCUGUAUGAGCUCAGACUUUACACACCUUUCAUGUGCUUCUACUUUUUUUUAAUUUUUUUUUAUUUAAGUUAUGUCUUCUUUAUGCAGUUGGCAGUACAAGUUAACUUCCAUAACCUGUGUAUCCGCAAACUCAAAGGACUAUAUGUUGCUCCACACCUCCUGUUGUUGCUAUAUCAAAGUAUUAUCCAACCCAUCCUUCUGAACUGUUCCACACGUUUCUUCACUAUGCUUUCUGUCACCAACCGGGCCAAACUCACACGCAUCACAAACACAGCAGCUAAACUCAUUGGUCUACCCACACCCAACCUUACAGAACUGAACAACAGGUCCAUCACACGCAAACUCCAUAGCACAAGACACCACUCACCCACUCAAAAAAUACUUCAACCUCCUACCCUCAGGGCGCAGGUAUGGAACCCUAAGGUUUAACAAGGCCCGCUUUAGGAAAAGCCUGGUCCCUGCAGCUAUAGAUGCCCUGAAUAGUAGGCCCCGGUGAAUAAUCUGUCCUGUUGCCUCCUUGCUGCUUGUUGCCGAUUGCUGUUGUCCGGGUGUUUGUCAUUAGUUGUCUGUUCCUUAAGGUCUGUCAUAUGUGAUGUGCAUUUUUGUCCUUUUAUGUAAUGUACAGUUGGUGAAGACAAAUUUCCCCACGGGGACCAAUAAAUCUAUCAUUAUAUAUUUGUAAUAUCAUGCAGCUGUAAUCUACACAUGUAGGAAAAGUUUUACUAAAAAUAUGAUUAUUUUUAUGAAUGUUGCAGAGUAGAAAUCAAAUCGAACUUUACUUAUAAAGUGCUUUUCAUGCGAAGGAUGUAACACAAAGUGCUUAUCUUAACAGCAAGGAUUGCUAUGACUCCCCGUCAAGUCCUUCGACAUGGUUCUGAGCCCCUGCAGCUGUACUUUGCUACCUGAACAUCUGAGUUAACUUACUCCUCUCAGACAUUCAUUGUUAAUCAUUGUCGACAGGGUUUUUAGUCCCUCUGGUGCGCAGACUUUCUUCUUAUUUGAGUGAUGAGGUCCUUUAAUGGACUGUAGAAGCUAUUGAUGAUGAAUUACCUUAUCUGACAGUGUGAGAUGUAGAGAAGUCUUGUCUAAGCUCUUUGGUUUGCUUUACUCUUAGUGACCUCCGACCGGCCUACAAGAAGACAAAGCCAUGGGGAACACAAGCAGUGAGAGGGCAGCCAUGGGCCAGGGGGAGAAGGCUCAGCGGAGGGACAGCCGAGGACAUAAGGAGGGAGAGAGGCCAAAAAUCCUAAUGGACAGCCCAGAGGACGCAGACAUUUUUCACAGUGAAGACAUGAAAGUAAGCUUUUAACUCUCUAAUGUGUGUGUUAGUUUUUGCCAUCAAGGUGUCAUUUGUCAGCCUUUAGACACAGGGUGGAAUAAUUCUGGGUUUUCCAGGCCCCCUUAGAAAAAGAAGAGUUCCUCGCAUGGCAGCAAGACUUAGAAGCAGAUGACAAAGGACCAACUUUAGACCGGCCUACGGUAUUUCGCUGGACUGGCGACGGCAAAGAAGUUUUCCUUUCUGGAUCCUUCAACAACUGGGCGAACAAGAUUCCUCUGAUAAGAAGGUAAGGGGUGCUAAACUCUGUGUUUUAUUAUGUUCUGAUUUAUUCUUUGUGUUAAUAACACUCAGAGCUCCACUGGCGCCUCUAAUAUCUUCACACCUCUCUGACCUUUACAUGUCUAAGAUGUAUUUUAUGUCUAAAUCUCAUCCUGCUUUCUCUUCACAGCCAAAAGUAUUGUUCAUUAUGAAUAUUUGUUCAAGACAAAGUCAAAUAAAUAAUUUUUCCUCCCUUUGCUGCAGAACCUAUUUUCCCCUCACUGUGAUUGUAAGAAUCAGUCGGUUUCAUAACUAACUGUCAGGUUGUUGUUUUAUGAAUCAAAGUGGUAGUUACUAGAGGUUUGAUCUCUUCGUGUCUUUUGAUCAGCGCACUAGCAGGAGUGGGAACAUACAACUGAUGGUUUUGAAGACUCAAAGUAAAGUCCUGUGCCAUCUCACACCAUCUCUUUUCAUUUUUAAAGUCAGAACACCUUUGUCGCUAUUGUUGAUCUACCUGAAGGGGAGCACCAGUACAAGUUCUAUGUGGAUGGCCAGUGGACCCAUGACCCUGCUGAGGUUAGCAGUUUUUCAGUUUGUCCUUUUUUCAAACAAGCUCUGAAAUGAGAUCCCUCAAUGAUGUAUUUAUAAUUUGUCGGACUCUUCAUGUUCUGGGCUUCUGUUGUAUUCCUCAUGUAAGAUUACAUCUGGCCUGUUUAUAAUCUGUUGCUUUAGGUUUUAAUGUGAUUAUUUCGUGUUUCAUUACAGCCAGUUGUAACAAGUCAGAUGGGAACAGUGAACAAUAUCAUCCAGGUGAAGAAAACUGACUUUGAGGUUUUUGAUGCUUUGAUGGUAGACUCCCAGAAGUGUUCGGACAUGUCAGGUAAGUGCUGAAAACUGCUUUUUAGUCUGCUCACAGGUGUGUAAUGUAAUAUCAUCCCAGUGACUCUGGUCCCUUCAUAUUUGAUAGUUGACCACAAUCGAUCAGAUGGUUUUAAAUAUAUAUUUCACUUCUUAGCUCUGCCUCUUCCAUCUGUGUACAUGGGUGAAUGUGACUUUUAAUGUAAGAGUACGUGGGGUGGUAAGAGGACCAGGGAAAGUGUGAUUUUAGAACAGGUCCCUGGAAAUAUGAAGAAUAAUGAUGUUUUUUUUCCUCUCAAAGUCAGAUGUUUUUUAUCCUUGCUCUGCCUCUGCUCCUGUAUCAGACCUCUCCAGCUCCCCUCCUGGGCCGUAUCACCAGGAGUCUUAUGUUCCCAAGCAAGAGGAGAAGUUCAAGUCUCCACCAAUACUCCCACCACACCUGCUACAGGUCAUCCUCAACAAAGACACUGGAAUUUCUGUAAGUGGCUCCAAAUUGGCUUUUUAAUUCAUCUAUUUAUUUAUUUCAAUAUCACUCAGUAAUUCAUAUUUUUUAGUUAUUAGAAAUGUUACACAAUUUUGUACCAUUCCAUGAUAAUGAUAAUCUACUUUUUUUAAACCACAAUCCCUAAACUGUUAAUCCUUAAACCCUAUUAAAUUGCCCUUCGGGGAUCAAUUAAGUUCUUCUUCUUAUUUAAAACAUAAACUCCUCUCACGAUAAAUCAGAUGUAAACAAAAGAAGUCAAUGAGACCAACACCAUGAUUUUGUAAUAAAGUAAAUGUUCUGUUUUCCCUCCUGCACAGUGUGAUCCUGCGUUACUACCUGAACCCAACCAUGUAAUGCUUAACCACUUAUAUGCUCUUUCCAUUAAGGUAAGGGUUCACACUUGACUGCAUCACACACACACACACACACACUUGAGGCAUGAACACACACAUACACUCACGCACACACACACUUGGAGUGAAAGUGUUUGCACUUAACGGAAACAAUGUGUUCUGCUAGUCAUGCGAAAGUUUGCUCGCAGCUGCAGAAGUUCUCAGUUAGUAAUAAAAAUGCUAACAAAGCUGCUCAUUUCCCAAGUGCCCCCUCAGACAGUUUUCCCACACCCCCAGCAGCUGAUGACAUGUUGUAUAUAAAACGCAGAGAGUCAUAACAUCCUGUUACAUGUGUCUAGUAUUCUUAUUAAUCAACAUGCUGAUCCUUGGGACAGCCAAUCACAGUUGACGGAUACUUCAAACUGAGAUGCAAAAGGAAAGAUUUCAGAGCUCCCAGACUAAAAUAUGAUGAUACAAACAGCCAGAACAGAAAUCAUUGUCCAAAAUGUACAAAUUUGAAAAUGAAAUGUUUUUAAUAAAAUGCUAAUCCCCGCUAAAAAGGUUGUACCUGCUGUUGCUUUGUAAUGUAAACCUUUUUCUGCUCUGGGAUUCAGGGCUACGCUUUUUUUUUUCUCCAACAGUCGAGUAGAUCCCAUCGUUUCCUGUUCUGUCCUGAUACCCCUCUGAGAUGUUUCACAAAGGAGAGAUGGACACCAAAAUCUGAAGUCCUUCUUCAUCUUCUCUUUUGAAACAGAGUUAUAAAGAGCUUUACAACAUAAAAACAGAAUAAAAAUAGAGGAAGAAACAUACAGACACAGCACACAUCAACGCAACUUCCAAAGAAGUCGUCAAUGGGAAUGAUUAAGAGUUCAAUGAAAGAUGAAACCCCAACAUGUCAAAAGGUUUCUUAAUGAAGUCAAAAAUAAUCAUGAUGAUAAUAAUAACAGUAAAAUAGAGUAAGUUUGAACAAAAUAAAACAAGUUAAGACUUCAUAAAAAGUUAAAAGCUAGUUAAAAGUCAUAUAAAAGUAAAAGCACUUUUUUAAAACUUAAGGAACUUGCCAGAUUGAUCUCCACAGGCAGUUUGUUCCAGAGACCCUGACAGUGAAAAUCUGAUGUUAAGCGCUGAUGUGUAUUUCAAAGCCAGUCUUAAGUGGUUUUAAAUAAAAAUGAAAUUAAAACUGAAAAGGAGGGAGUGGCUCUGAUAUGACGAUAACAAACAAGUGAAUCUCUUAUUAAAUAUAACAGCAGUAACUUGUGAGUUUUAGUCAUGGUCAUUCAUAUUUCUGGACAACAGUAAACUCUGUUCCAGCUGUUACACCCCAAUCCAAAAGUCUCUUCAUGAGAAUAAGACGAGGUGAAUUAUGGAGCUGCAUUGUUGUUGGGGAUUAGUGACUGGAGCUGGAGCACAUUGUAGAGAUUAGUGGGUGGCCCUCCUACUAAUCUCUCUGGUUGACUGUGUUUACUGCACAUGGUUUGGCUGAUACCAUUGUUGCUGGUGUCCCACUUGUACCUGAACUGUAAGCAUGUUUCCAUGGUGAAGGAAUGUGGAUUUUUGAAGGUAUCUUUUUAUUACCUUUUCUGUCACAGGAUGGAGUGAUGGUGCUCAGUGCGACGCAUCGUUACAAGAAGAAAUAUGUGACCACUUUACUUUACAAGCCGAUCUGAGGACAGACUGACUUUCAAUCCUGUCUGAGUUUGUGAACUGUACACUGAGUGUACAAAAUAUGAGCCUCGCCUGUGGAAAGAGCAGGUGAAUCCAGGUCAGUCUACUCUCAGAGGUCCACUUUAACCUUAAUCAGCUGUAGUCCAGGAAGUUAAUGUGUGAUCGCUUAUUUUCUUUCCCCCAGUUGAAGGGGACUGGCAGUCUUAUUAAGAAAUCUAAUCUAAAGCUAUUAAAAGGCUCUGAGAUUAUAUCUUGUACAUUUAGCGUAUAGCCAGUUACAUUAUUUAUAUCUGUUUAGGAUGAUAAAUGUCACCCCAAUCCUGUAUAUCCUGCCUUUAAUUGUUCACUAAUUGCCAUGUAGAACAACACACAUAGAGAGGCAGUAAUGAUAGGAUAUAACUCUGUGUAUAAGAGGAGAGCUAAUCUUCUACAAACCCGACUGAACGUCUUCAAAUCAUGAGUUUGCCAUGAUGAAGAGGAAGGAUCUAGUCGAGAUGUGAAUGUUAAAGGUCAAAGAAAGGAAAAAUGCACUGCAGUAGGUCAUCACUGUUUGUUAUUUUACGUUUUAUUUAUAAUCACACUGCGCACAAUAGAAAUCUUCAGUUAGCUGUGAAGUGUUUAAUGAUGUGUACAUAUUUUUUUCUACUGUGGUUGACGUGUCUCAUCAGUUUUUUGGUUUAGUUGAGUUUAUGACAAUCCUCCCAGAAUAACUUGGCCUAAGAUAGAAGAGUUUUUUCUUUAGUUUUGCACUACUUAAACACAGAUGGUCAGUCUACACUGAAGUCUUUACAGUGUAUCAGGAGGUUCAUUUAGGAGAAGAUGAAUUCAUGGUGGAUUAAAAAAAAGGAGACGACGGGAACAAAUAAACAAAAAGCAAAUGUAUUUGUCUGAGAGACAGCUCUUAGCUCUAAGAGAGCUGGUACGAAAAUGAUUACACGAUGUAGAUAUUUUCUAACUGAUGAAGUAUUGUUUUGGUCUGCAUGCAUUUCAUAAAGUCUGAAGGAUUGACUGGGUUUAAGUUCAAUGUUUGACAUGUAGCAUCUAUUUAUAUCAGUGUUUCACGUAGGUAUAUCCUGCUAUAGGCCAGUAGAAGCUGACAAUCUCCUCAAUAAAAGACUCUGCUGUACUGUUUUGUCAGAACUAUCACUGUCAUGAUGUAUUUAUACAAAAAUAAUGAUAUUAAGCAUAAAUUAGUGUCAUUAAUUUAUUUUUUGACUGUGAGAACAAGCUUGUGAGCUUUGUAUUAAAGACUAAUUUAAAAAGGAACAAA